AUGGUUCGCAAUUAUGUAAGAAAAAGAGUUCAAACUUAUUUAAACGUAGACAUUGCCGAAGCUAUUAAAUCAAUUAAAAAUGAUAAAAUGACUAUUAAUGACUAUGAAGCAUCAGCGAGAUAUAACGUACCACUUAGUACAAUAUACAAUCGUCUAUCAAGACACAAUGGCUCUAGUGCACGUGGUGACACAACAAUAUUGGGUGAAGAAGAAGGGUCUCAUCUGAUUUAUGUGCUAAAAACAAUGCAAGAUUAUAAUCAUCCUCUAUCAAAUUCAAACGUACGUACAAUAGCUCGAUGGUAUAUGACAGAAUUAAAAAAAGAUAUUUCAGAUAAUGGUUCAGGUACAGAUUAG